CUGCUACUGCUGCUUGCUACUGCUGCUGCUACUCGCUACUAACAGCCACUUGCCCCGACAGUCUGCUGAAGGCUACACGGGGAUAUCUUUGAUAAGCGUGUGGUGGUAGUGGUGAUUAUAAGUGGGUAGUCGUGGUAAUUAUAAGUGGGGUGGUGGUGAUGGUGGUCAGUGCCGGAUGAAGCUAGGUGCAGGGCCUCCAUCAUAUGUUAUAAAGAGGCCCUAAAUUUUUUUUUUUUCAAAACGCAUUAAUAUAACACAAAUUUACUUUGCAUAGUGAAGUAAUUGUAUUUAUUAAUUUGCUAUACAGCCAGAUAAUACGACAAAUCGCUAACCUUAAAGACCAAGUCGUUCAUAAAAGCUGAAGGCGGUAUAGUACUAUAGUAAUAGAGCAAGUGCAGAAUCGCUGAACCAGAAUUGUCAGCUGGAAAGCACGGGGCCUGGAGCAUAUGCAGCUACUUUUGCUACCAGGAUAAUCCGGCACUAGUGGUGGUGAUAAGUGGGUGGUGGUUGUGGUGAUAAGUGGGUGGUUGGUGAUGGUUAUACGUGGGUGGUGGUGGUGAUUAUAAGCGGGGGGUUAGUGAUGGUCGUGGGCACAACAACAACAACACCACCCAACCUUGCCCCACCGCCACCGCCGCCACCACCACCGCCGCCGCCGCCGCAGACUCCGCCAACUCCGACGCGAUGGAGGAAGAGGCGGCGCUCGUCCACUACCGCGACCUCCGCUGCGUCAUCUGCCUCGAGCUCUUCGACUGGCCCAUCACGCUGCCGUGCGGCCACACGUUCUGCCGGGCCUGCAUCGCCGCCUCGUGGGCCGCCCAGCGCCGCUCGCCGGCCCACGCCUGCUGCACGUGCCCCGUGUGCCGCAAGGAGUACCCGCGCAAGCGGCGGCUCGCCAAGACGGUCGUGCUCGCCAACAUGGUGGAGGAGGUGAAGAGGAGGCGGCGCAGGGUGGUGGCCCGCGGAGGAGGAGGAGGAGACGACGGAGACGACGACGUGGCGGCGGCGGCCGUGUCGUGCAAGAGCUGCCUCGGCGAAGACGUGCUGGCCGUCAAGACGUGCCUCAGGUGCGAGUCCGCUCUCUGCGAGGCCCACGUGAAACUCCACAGGCACGACCCGGCCUUCAGCGGCCAUGUGCUGGCUCCGCUGGGCAUCAACGUCGCCGCUCGCCGGUGCACGGAGCAUGGCGCGACACUCCGCUACUACUGCACCCGGGAGGGGCUGCUGGUGUGCUCCGACUGCUCGCUGUUCGGUACUCACAAGAACCACCAGCUGGUGGCGGCCAAGGACGAGUAUGAGGAGAGGAAGCUGCUGGUGACCAUGGAGAGGGAGGGGAGGAUCGACCGCAAGAAGAACUCUGAGUCCAAAGUGCACGAGCUGACGGCAUUCCACGACCGAGUGGAGAGAUACACGGACGCGAUCAAGACGCGGGUGAGCGCCUUCUACGCCGUCAGCAAGCCGGCGGCGGCGGCGGCGGACGACGAGGAGGAGGAGGACGAGGUAGUCCGCGGGCUGGACGCGCAGUGCGGCCCCGUGCUCUACUCCACGCAGCUCGCGAUCGAGCGCCACCGCAAGGAGAUCGAAGCCCUCGGCUGCAUCAUCUCGCGCCUGGAGGCCCUGCUCGAGACGCACGACCCCAUCGCCUUCCUGCAGGAUCCGGUUCUCAACGAGCUUACUAACGUGCCCGCCAAGGUGCACACCAAGGGCCUGCUGCUGUCCACCACAACGGACCUGGACAAGAUCAUCUCUCUGCAGAAGAUCAUGGGCACUCGUCCGCUGCCGCUCAUCGCCGAGAGAUACGGCUGCUCCCCGACGCUGGACCCGGCCACCGCGUCGCCGUGGCUGCGCGUCUCCCGCGACCUCAAGACCGUGAUGGGCUCCCCGCCGCGCCAGCCGCCGCCCGACCACCCCGAGCGCUUCGACUGCUGGCACCCGCAGGUGCUGGGCGCCCGGCCGCUGGCGUCGGGCCGCCACUACUGGGAGGUGGACGUGGGCGGCGCGGGCUCGUGGCGCGUCGGCGUCGCCUACGGCUCCGUCCCGCGCAAGGGUCAGGGCGGCGUGUGCAAGCUGGGCGAGAACGGCGACUCGUGGUGCCUCUUCAUGGACAACAGCGAGCUGACGGCUCGCCACGGCGGCGUGGGGACGCUGCUGCUGCUGCUGCGGCGGCGCCCGAACCCUCAGCAGCAGCAGCAGCUGCAGCAGCAGGGCGACGCCGGUGAAAUCCCUGCGGCACCGGCGGCACCGGCGGCACCGGCGGCUGCACCGGCGGCGGCACCGGCGGCGGCGUUGGCACCGGCGCCGGCACCGGGGGCGGCGGCGGCGGUGGCGGUUCGCAAGGUGGGCGUCUUUCUGGACUGCGACGCGGGGGUGCUGUCCUUCUACCUGGCGGACGACAUGACGCUGCUGCACACGUUCCACGCCAAGUUCACGCAGCCGCUCUUCCCCGCCCUCGCCGUGCUCGUGUGGGACGGCUCCCUCUCUAUGGUGGAGCUCGAGUAGAUUGGCGUGGUGGGGG